GACGAUGCUGUGCUUGUCCGAGUGGCUGCUGCUCGCCAUCGUCCUUCACGUAGCAUCGGUGGAGGCCGACCGCUGCCCCAACGGAGAUAUGUGUGAAGGUGACACAACGUGCUGUGCCACCGACUCCCACCAGCUGCCGUUCCGCUGCUGCCCGUACGUGGAUGCGGUUUGCUGCUCCGACCGGCAGCACUGCUGUCGCAAGGGCUACUCCUGCGACCCGUCCGGUGACCGCUGUGUCCGCGUGUCCGCGGACCCGGUCCUGUGUCCGGACGGCGAGUCCCGCUGCCCAGCCGGCGCCACCUGCUGCCUGAUGUCCGACCAGCGCUGGGGCUGCUGCCCUCUCAGAGACGCCGUGUGCUGCUCGGACCGCGUUCACUGCUGCCCUCGGGGCACGCAGUGCGACCUGCAGACUCUUACCUGCCUCCGGACAGAGAAGCGUCACUGGCUGCUUGAGAUGCUGGCCGAACGGAGGCUGGGACCCGUGCGGAUGACGUAAAUACUCUGGACCGUCGUGCCGUGGAAGACAACCGCCUGGCCUCAACUCUUCACGUCAAUCAAGAUGUCGCGUCGUCCGGAGAGGUGACCCUGAAGACGCGGCAACGCCAUUUUGCUUUCCGAUGAUGGUUUGUUCGGCGGCGAAUGUGAAACUUCAUUCAUAUGAAAUCAUGUAUCCUAUACUUCCAACUACACCGCAUGGUCUGGGCAUUGAUCACCAACUGCAUUCUGCUACGCGACUUUCUUCUACGUGAUACCAUGUUCUUUCAGCUUGUGAAAGCACGUAAUGACGUCAGUGUUGCGCCAGAAAUACCCUUGCGCGAUUGCGUAUC